AAUCUUGUCAUAUCAAAUAGUCGAAAGUUGUCUUCAACCGCUGCUAAGGGCGAAGCUACCGAGGAUCUAAUAGAAGCUUCACGAGAUCAGGGCUUUGUUAGGCCAACCGUGCUUAUCCUCUGCCCUUUCAAAAAGGAUGCGUACGAUAUCGUGGAGAGACUUGAGCGGUUGAUUUUUGGAAAAAACAAAGUCUCCACAUGGAGUAGAGAUCGGUUCCAUACUGAGUUCAAAAGUGAACCUGCUCCCACUUUCAAAACGAGGAUAUGUGAGGAAUAUAAAGAGCUGAUUACGGGUAACAACGACGACUGCUUUCGUGUUGGUAUAGCAAUUUCCAAAAAAGUUUUAAAACUGUUCGAGGCGUUCGAUAAGUCGGACAUCAUUCUUUGUUCGCCUCUUGGUUUACGCAUGAUUCUAGACGGUGACGCUGGUAGGGAAAGUCAUCUCAUUUCCAAUAUUCAAAUAGCUGUGGUUGAUAAGGCUGACAUCAUGUUGCAGCAAAACUGGGAGCAUCUCGCUAUCAUUUUCUCUCACAUGCAUACACAACCAUCCAAAAUAGAAACAGAUAUUUCGAGAGUUCGCCAGUGCUACAUAGAGGGUUUGUCAAAGUAUUACUGCCAGCUGCUGUUGUUUUCGCGUUAUGAACAUGAACUAUUUUCUGCUCUAGUCUUAGAACAUUCGUUGAAUUACAAUGGGCUGAUAAUUCCGAAUGCUUUCUUUGCGAUGAUUGAAAUCCCCUUGUGCCAGGAGCUACGGCGUUUCAAAGUGACUGACCCAUCAGAGCAAGCCCUUUCAAGGUUCAAUUGCUUCAAGGAAUAUUGCGCUGCCAGCUUGUUACCCGGUACAUGUGUAGUAAUUCCGUCUUACUUUGACUUUGUUCGGGUGAGAAACCAUUUCAAGCGAUCCGAAGAAAGUUUUGUGGCAUGUCAUGAAUACGCACCGAAAACUAAGAUUCUUAGGGCGCGAGAUCUUUUCUAUCAUAAACACAAAAAGGUGCUUUUGGUCACUGAACGAUAUUAUUUCUUUAACAGGAAAGCUUUGAAGGGAAUGGCGAAGAUAGUUUUCUACCAGCUCCCUUCUCAUCCAGACUUGUACAGUGAAUUCAUCAAUAUGGCCAAUUGUGAGGCUGCUAACAGGUUUAGCUCUGUGUUAUUUUACUGCCAAUGCGAUAGAAUCCGGCUUCAAAAUACUUUUGGAACUGAACUAGCCAAAUCUAUCCUAUCCUCAAAAAAGAACAUGUGGCGAGUGACCGGGGUACUAGCGGUACUGCACUCCGUUUCUGCAUACCUUGGGCCAAAAAUGGGCGUACAGACAGCAUGUGACGACGGAAAGUCCAAUUUACAAGUUGACUGGGAUCCUACAGAUUUCACCACCUUCACUUGUAUGGGCAGUCCGUUUCCAGAUGUUGGUUCCAUGCUUGUCGACCUGAAAUCGUUAGAUCCAUCAUUCAAUCCGAGGACAGACGUAGUGUAUCAUAAGUGCAUGUCGGAAAGAAUUGCUUAUGAUUCUGCUCCCCCUUUA